AUGCUUCUCCCAUCUGCUCUUCCAUGCGAUGCACGCCGGUCGUCUCGCUUCACUCCCAGUCGCCUAUUUUCGAGUCCUCCCCCAUCAGACACAGGCCACGCCGCAGGCAAUGGUCUGCUCGGCACCUGUCGCGCUCUACAAUCACUAUUGAAUGGAUCCCCCUCACCCACACCGCGCCGAUCCAAGGCUCAACGCCUCCAAAGCCCUCUCCCCAUCACACCUCGUCGCUCCCCGCGAUCGCACAAGGCCGCGCGCCCCGUCUCCCCCAGACAAACACCACCACCCAGAACUGCCGCUCUCACACCUCCACCCCCUCCCUCCGCGCCAGCACGUGGCGCAAACAAACGCUUCCGCGACGCCGAGGAUGAAAGCGACGCGCAACCAGCUCUCAAUCGCACCCUCUUCUCCACCCCUAAGCGUCGCCGCCACCUUCCUUACGAGCUGCCUGUCGGCCUCGCUCCUACAGACUUCUACUCUCUACACUCUCCGCCCGUCACCCAAUCACCUCCUUCUCCAGCCCGUCGCAUGGCUUUUGACUUCGGUCCUGCCAUCGACCCAGACGCCCCUCUGCCUUCCAUCGAAGUGACAGAGGAACCCACUCAGAUCGCCGGUUCCUGGACCGCGGAAGAAGACCAGCAUCUCAUCAAGCUGGUCCUCGAUAAAAUCAAUCUCUCCCAGAAAGACUGGGACGAGUGCGCGCGCCAAAUGGGUCGCAGCGCCGCUGGCGCCAGGUGGCAGUCCCUCGUUGGAGAGGGUCGUGUCGGCCUGCGUCGGCAGUGA